AUGGCAGACAGUUAUAAAUUUAUCUGUCCACGCCCGCGGACCUCCAAAGCUUGCGAUCCAUGUAGGACGCGCAAAAUCCGGUGUAUACCCAACGAGAAAGGGAGCGGAACAGACGCCUGUCGAAGAUGCGCAAAGCUUGGAUAUAUAUGUAUAAUUUCGGGGAGUGUCCCAUCGAUGAUAAGUGAAAAGAGCCCGAGAAGCCAAGUAGUGAAGGCUCCUACUCACCAUGGUAAUGAUGUUGUCUCGGUGCUGUUUCAAAAGAAGCCUAAAGAAGAGGAAGACCAGGUGAUGCAGCUACGCAAGCUACAUCGCGGUCUAUUGCAAGGCCAGACUGUAGAAGAAGGGGAUAUUUGUACACCCAGAGAUACCACACCCAACGUCGGUGAUGCUGUAGACUGUGAGUCGAGGUCCAGCAGAAUGGACCUCAACAUGAACGAGGCCGAGGAGUUACUGUUACAGUUCCGGCAGCAAAGGGCAUACUUCCCGUUCAUUGAAGUGCCCGAGGUGACUACGGCAGCAUCAAUGGCAGCAUCGCAACCCUUCUUAUUACUGGCUAUUCUGACUGUGUCCUUGACGCGAAAGCCACUUUUGCAAAAGAGGCUGGAUGAACGUUUUCGUCGUGUGUUAAGUGAGAGGAUAAUCUUCUAUGGGGAAAAGAGCAUGGAUUAUGUUCAAGGUCUACUGGUUUAUAUGGCAUGGCGUCCCUUACAUAUCCGGCCGCUCAGUCGCCAGGGCUCGCAAUUUAUGCAGAUACUUGUGACUAUGAUAAUUGACCUAAAGCUUACGGAAAACAUGCAUGACAAGGCUGCCCGGGAUGUCUGCCUUGGGUGUUUUAGUCUUUCGUCUCUGCUGUCUGUUGGCUUCCGCCGGCGUGGUGAUGAUGGGGCGUAUAAAUAUCUCAAAGAAGCGGUGGAUGCCAAUAAGCGACUAAAGCAGCCGUAUGAUGAGAGGUUCCAAUUGUCUGAACUUCACGUCUUAUUUGAGGAGAUCAUACGAUGCCAAUUCGAAUAUAGCUCGAUGAAAUGCCCGAUCACCAAGAAGCAAAAAGUUGAAGAGAAAAUGGAAUCUCUUCGCCUGGAGCUACAGAUAUUUGAACGAGUCCAUAAUGUUAACAGCAGUAUGCACAUCAACCUUUCCCAGCCACUGUGUACUGACAUACCCACUGUCCCUCUACGUCUUUUCAUGUUAUCACUGAAAGUGCAUAUCGCACUUCUACCUUUCCGAAUCCUCGAUCCUCGAUCAAGCAACAUAGCCAACCACGAAAACUUAUUCGACCAAGCCACUUCCUGCGUCACAGAAAUCCGGUCAUUCUUCGAAUACUUCCUUUCCAUCCCACAGGAUCAAUACAUAUCCUUCUCAAUUCGAGACUGGUGCCAGUUGAUUCUAACCAUCAGCGCAUCUUCACAUAUCUGUUUCCUGUCCCCUGCCCAAAUGAGCCCAACAUGGAACGACUUCCGAACCAGGACACGAUCAAGCAUGUUAAUCUACCUCGAGAGUCUUUCUCAUCGAAUGUCAAGGCUUUCGGUGACAAAGACCGGAGAUACACCCGAUGUAUUCUUCAUGUUCAAAUCGGUAUUGGAUAUCGUUUUGUCAACGUAUGCUCCGGCUAGCGGGGAGUCUUCAUCACCAAUGUCAAUGGGCAGUAGGGGGGAAUCUUCUAUAGGGGAGGACAUUUGUCAGGAUGUGGCUGCUGGUCCGCCUACACCUUCGACCCGCUGUCCGAUGGUAAAUGGGAGCAUCCGAGAGUCAGAGUUCUGGGAAGUUAUGAAACAGAGUGAUCUGUUCCUUGAAGGGUUGGGUAAUGGGUCAAAUGGCCAGGAUAUGUUUACGUCAGGGAUAUCGGGUGUAGACAGCCUGCUUGGUGAUUGUGCGGACUGGCCGAGUAUCUUUUCAGAAUGGGUCAAUACUAAGAUUUCUCACAUACACCCCAGAAAAGUCGCUUUGACGUAUGUGUGGUCGAAAAUCAGAAAGUGUAAGGAGCUGCGAUCAAAACCGAGCCAGGGGAUCGGUAUUGACAGGUGGAAUGUUACCAGCCCUUCUGCUGAUAGGCGUAUCAUAGACAAUAUCCGACUUUCUCCUUGCCCUGUAGAUUAA